AUGAGUAUGUCAAGCAAGAACGAGAAUAAGAUAUCAGUAGAACAAAGGAUAUCCACUGAUAUUGGACAGGCUUACCAGUUACAAGGCCUUGGGUCUAACUUAAGGUCGAUUCGCUCUAAGACUGGUGCCGGUGAAGUGAAUUACAUCGAUGCUGCUAAAUCAGUAAAUGAUAACCAACUGCUUGCAGAAAUCGGUUAUAAACAAGAAUUAAAAAGACAAUUUUCAACUAUACAAGUCUUUGGUAUUGCGUUCUCCAUUAUGGGUCUAUUGCCUUCUAUUGCUUCUGUCAUGGGUGGUGGGCUCGGUGGUGGUCCAGCAACAUUGGUGUGGGGUUGGUUCAUUGCCGCUUUUUUUAUUUUACUUGUUGGUAUUACCAUGGCUGAACAUGCAAGUUCCAUCCCCACCGCUGGUGGUUUGUAUUACUGGACGUAUUAUUAUGCUCCAGAAGGUUAUAAAGAAAUUGUUUCUUUUGUUAUUGGUUGCUCAAACUCUCUAGCGUUGGCAGCUGGUGUGUGUUCAAUCGAUUAUGGUUUGGCUGAGGAAAUUGCAGCUGCUGUCACGUUGACUAAAGAUGGUAAUUUUGAUGUAACAAGUGGGAAACUUUACGGUAUAUUUGCUGGAGCAGUGGUGGUUAUGUGUAUCUGUACAUGUGUUGCCUCCGGCGCCAUUGCUCGUUUGCAAACACUGAGUAUAUUUGCCAAUGUCUUCAUUAUUAUUUUAUUGUUCAUUGCCCUACCAAUUGGUACCAAACACAAAAUGGGAGGUUUUAAUAAUGGUGACUUUAUAUUUGGGAAGUAUGAAAACUUAAGUGAUUGGAACAAUGGUUGGCAAUUUUGUCUUGCCGGUUUCAUGCCUGCUGUUUGGACCAUUGGUUCCUUUGAUUCAUGUGUCCAUCAAUCUGAAGAAGCCAAAGAUGCCAAGAAAUCAGUUCCCAUUGGUAUAAUCGCAUCUAUCGCUGUUUGUUGGAUUUUAGGUUGGUUGAUUAUUAUCUGCUUGAUGGCCUGCAUUAACCCUGAUAUUGAUAGCGUUUUGAACUCCAAGUAUGGAUUUGCUUUAGCUCAAAUAAUUUAUGAUUCUUUAGGAAAAAAAUGGGCCAUCGCAUUCAUGUCAUUGAUCGCAUUCUGUCAAUUUCUAAUGGGAGCUUCCAUCACAACAGCUGUUUCUAGACAAGUUUGGGCAUUUUCCCGUGAUAACGGUUUGCCCUUAUCGAAGUACAUUAAAAGAGUGGACUCUAGAUACUCGGUCCCUUUUUACGCUAUUUUGGCUGCAUGUGUAGGUUCCUUGAUUUUAGGGCUACUAUGUUUGAUUGAUGACGCCGCCACGGAUGCACUAUUUAGUUUGGCUGUCGCAGGAAAUAAUUUGGCAUGGAGUACCCCUACAGUUUUCCGUUUGACAUCAGGCAGAGAUUUAUUCAAACCCGGUCCAUUUUAUUUGGGUAAGUUCUGGUCUCCAAUUGUUGCUUGGACUGGUGUUGCUUUCCAAGUGUUCAUUAUUAUUUUGGUUAUGUUCCCCUCUCAACAGCAUGGUAUCACAAAAUCUACAAUGAAUUAUGCAUGCGUUAUUGGUCCCGGUAUCUGGAUCCUCGCAGCUAUCUACUACAAAGUUUACAAGAAGAAAUACUAUCAUGGUCCAGCAACCAAUUUGUCGGAUGAUGAUUAUGCUGAGGCCGUUGGCGCUGAUGUUAUCGAUACAAUUAUAUCCAAACAAGAACCAUAA